AAUGUGUGUUGCAGGAUGAUGGCAGGACUCAUUGGAGUGAGAUGAAGCAGACAGUGGGAGGAGUUGGGAGGAAUGUGGCACAGUGCCUGAGGGAGUUGGGAGUGCCAGCAGUGUUCAUUGCUGCUGUUGGUGAGGACAUCACUGGCAGGAAGGUCCUCAAGGACCUCAGCUGCACCAUUGGCAAGGCUGGGAAUUCUGUGAAGCAAGUGGAAAGUGGUUCCACUGCAUCUUUCAUAGUUGUGCUGGACAAGUUUGGACAGCACCAUUUUGAAGCAGGGGACAUUGAUUGCAUGAAUCAGCUGUCAGUGGACCAUUUGCAAAAGUUCAAAAGCACCAUAGAACAAGCUCCACUGGUUUUCAUGGAUGGAAACAUACCUGAUGACAGCAUGACUUAUUUGUUGGAGAUUUGUGGAAAAGCACAAGUGCCAGUGUUCUUUGAACCAACUACUGCAUCUUUGGCUCAGAGGCCAAUUCUCCUGAACAAGCUCCACUGUCUGACGUUUGCUUCACCAAAUAUUGCUGAGCUUGUCCAGAUGUCGCUUGCUGUUGCACAAUCAGUGUUCUUUGAACCAACUACUGCAUCUUUGGCUCAGAGGCCAAUUCUCCUGAACAAGCUCCACUGUCUGACCUUUGCUUCUCCAAAUAUUGCUGAGCUUGUCCAGAUGUCGCUUGCUGUUGCACAAUCAGGUGGGGUUAAAUGGAAUGACAGACAAUUGAACAUGUUUUCUGACAUUAGUCAGUUGGAUGUGGUCAAGAAGGUGGACUGCUUGGUGCAGUUGUGCAAGCCUCUUGUGCAUCAUGGCCCCAUGGCUGCAGUGCUGGUGACCAUGGGUUCAGAUGGCCUGCUGGUGGUGAGGAAGGGCCAGCCUGAGGACAGCUUGCUGCCUGUGGACAAAUCAGUGGCCAGGCCUGUGUCUGUCACUCACUACCCUGUCAAGGCUGUGGAGAGAGUUGUCAGUGUAUCUGGAGCAGGGGACUGUUUGGCAGCUGCCUUCAUAUCUGCCAUGUUGGCUGGCAAGUCUCAGCAUUACUGUGCAGCAUUUGCUCAGGCUUGUGCAAGAGCUACUCUGAGUGAGGACAGCACAGUGCCAGAACUGAACAUUGAAUCCCUUCAAAAAACAGCUGAAGCAAUGGCUGACACUUAUACUGUUUUUGAAUCCUGCUGACACCGGUGAAAUUCAUGACUAUUACGUUUGAAUUACUUGUCUGUCAGACGUCUUUGCUCCACCAGCAUCUUUUUCAAGUCCACGACGGAUUGCAGAGAAGAACUCUCAGUCACCGCCAUCUUGUCACUGUGUUCUCGCUUCAACAACUCUAUGACUUCCUCUCGAUUACUGAAAAUGGAAGGAAGAUUUUCAAACGAACGGAAUCAAAUAUAUUUUCAUCAUUCCCCCUCAUCCACGCU